AUGACAAGAAAAGACUAUUAUCAAACAUUGGGAGUAAGUAAAGGUGCUUCCUUUGAAGAAAUAAAAAAAUCCUAUCGAAAGUUAGCACUGAAAUAUCAUCCCGAUAAAAAUCCAAAUGGAGAAGAGAAGUUUAAAGAAAUAGGAGAAGCCUACGCAAUUUUGUCGGAUUCAGAAAGAAGAAAAAAUUAUGAUGCUGGUGGAGAUGGUUCUAGUUUUGAUUUUAACGAUUGGUAUGAAAGACAAAAAGCUUACUUUGAAAGCGAACAGGAAAAAAACGGAGAAGAAAGAAUAAAACUUACUCGAGCAAAAUUUGCCUAUAAUGAAAUACAUCCUGAUGCAGGAUACCAAUUUGAAAAUCCACCUUUAGACCCUAGUUUGGAUUCUCUGUCGGCUGUAGAUGAGUGUGGAUUUAAUUUAGGUGCUAUUCCUUCCCAUGCUCGAGAUGAUAAAAACAAAAGAGCAGUAGUGAAAAGACCAACUCGAGAAAAGGAAAGGGUGGAUACUAAAGUUUUUUAUGACUUCUUCGAAGGAAUUAACUUUCCCAACAAUGAUAAAAACUAUCUCUUAUUAGAUAAUGCUGGUAUUCGUUGUGGCGAUGAAAAGCGAAUAAAGAUAUUGAAGUUACCAACUAUUGAGGAACAAGCAGAGAAAAAGAAUACUGAACUGGUAUAUUUAAGUUUCUUAUUCCCCGAAUUAAAUCCUGUUGAAAAGUGUUUUGCCUUCAUAAAACAUUAUUAUAGAAAGGCAAGACCUCAGACUUUUGAAGAAUUAGAAAAAGUUGUUGAGGAAGCAGUUGCUAAAUUACAACAAAAAGAUUUAAGGAAAUGA